ACGACGCAGGGGCUCAGCGGCUCCGGGACCUAUUUACAUCCGCAUUACACAUCAAAUAGUAAUACAGAGGCAACGACGGCUCAUCGGCACUGUCUGGGGCAGCGGAUCUCGCAGCCAAAUGCCUCGAUUGCCUGGCGGCGUUGAGUCUACAUCGCAGAGACGGUAUUGGAGCGCCGUGCAAAAGCCUCCGGAGUGCAUAGUUGGUCCGUCGGCGCAUCUUGAUGCCGGACCGCCGUGGUGGCAGAACGGACUUGGUCUUCAGGUGGACCGUAGAGACGACAUGCAACGGCUGAGUUGCGCGUUGCGUGCGCGCCGCUACAUUGGAAACUCAGAUCCAUUGUGCUCUAUUUCCUGCCUCUGGUAUAGCGCAUCGCUUCGUCGGUGCCAUCGAGAAACCCCGCCGGACCGUCGAUACGAUAAUUCAGAAGGGAACUCGGCGUCUUCGCAUCCCGCCCUGCCACACCACCAGAGCCAGGGGCCUAAGUAUUCCAGAAGCGGUUCGGCCCCGGCACCAACCAACGAGUUGACCUGAAAAAAAAAGGCACGAGUCCGCUGCGCUACCUGCAAAGCGCACUAGUCUUGCUGCCGAAUGGUGCAUUCCAGGGGUCUUGGCCUGCCCGGUGCAUCAUGGAGUGGAUCUCCGGGGGUGGUUCCGUCGCGGAGGGGCAACAAGACACGACAAACGUCCCAGGUCGCGAGUAUUAAUAUACCGGAGGCCUAGCUGAUUGUCUGCCGCCUUCAUCGACCCAAUUGAUACCAUCGAUCCCUCUUCUCGACUGCUCCAACUCGUCUACGAACAGCUUU